AUGCAUAAAGGUAGAUGGAGAGCGGAAGACUUGGCGUUGAAUUCUGGAUGGCUUUCCGUUGGGCCAUGGUGUGUGAUACAGAACGUGUUCUUCCGUUUUUACAUGCGGAAGAUCGAGUGGUAUGACUCCAAAAACAAAGUAUGGAUACCUUUGAAGGGCUUGGAAACGUUGUUGCCUAGGUUAGCUGGUGUGAAUAAAGUGACGGAUUAUGGUGGUAAAAUGGUUAUUUUGUGGCAAGAGCCUGAUGUCGUGUCUGAUAUGAGCCAUCAAUUAUGGUGUGCAGAGAUUGCGAUUGAAAAACGCCAAAAAGGGGAGAUUUGGGGGAUCCUAGAGUGGUUUGACAUUGUGUCUUCAGCCAGUGGGCUAUUAAAGAUAGAUCAUGCUCUUACUACUAUCAUUUGA